UGCGCCGAGCGGCGCCAUGGCGGCCUGGACGUGCUGCCGGGUGGCCGCCGUGUCCUGCCUGGUGCUCUGCGUGUCGCUGCUGCUGCCCCGCGCCUUCCUGCCCCGGGCCGGCGGCAGGCAGGAGCCCGGCGGCAGGCAGGAGCCCGGCGCCGCGCCGCCCGAGGGUAAGAGGCCGCUCCGAGCCCCCGUGUUCCCCCGCGGGAAGCUCGGUCGCUUUCCACCCAGGAUGCAUUCCCACGCCACUCCCGACGGCAGAGCUGUCCCUCAUUUCCCAAGGUCUCACCUUACUGAAGCAAUUGCCAAAGCCAAGGCAGGUGGAGGUGGUGGUGGAAGCACUGGUGGAAGUGGAAGAGGUCUUGUGGGACAGAUUAUCCCUAUAUAUGGAUUCGGCAUCUUCUUAUAUAUUCUGUACAUUUUAUUUAAGCUGGCUUCCAAGGGAAGAACUACUCCUGCAGAACGAAAAUGCCCCACUGCUACACCUGGGAACAUGAAGAGGAAAAUCACUGACUAUGAGCUCACUCAGCUCCAGGAAAGACUGAGAGAGACAGAAGAAGCAAUGGAAAAAUUAAUCAACAGAGUAGGACCUAUGUAUGACAGGACUCAAAAUGUUACAACAGACCAGGAAAAAAUGUUACUUCAGCAACUCCGAGAAAUCACUAGAGUUAUGAAAGAAGGAAAAUUCAUAGAUGAUAUCUCUCCUGAGAAGGAAGCUGAGGAAGCUCCUUACAUGGCAGAUUGGGAAGGUUAUCCAGAAGAGACCUAUCCUGUCUACGACAAUUCCGAUUGCUGCAAGCGCAAACAGGACACAAUCCUUGUAGAUUACCCUGACCUGAGCCAGCCCUCUCCAGAGGAGCUGGCAGAAAGAAUGGAGGGCAUGGAAGAUGAGGAGUAUCCUUAUGAUGAAACCCUGCUGAGUGAUCUCACCACAGGAAUGGGUGGUCAGGAUUUAAUGCAGAAAAAGGAUGAUGUAACUCCUGGCAGGGAGGAGGAGAGUGACCUUCCUCCCAGCCAGAGCACUGGGGAGUGCUGCUGCUGCUGGGAUGAUGAUCCUGCUGUCAUAGCAGAGAAUGCUGGAUUUCACUCUGAGAGCUGCAGUGAAGUAGAAGAGACAAGCCAAGAGGACCUGUCUGUGGAGUCAGAAAAUGAAAAUGCAGCACUGGAAAAGCAAAAAGUCGGUGAUUCAGAGGAGACAGGCACACUGAGAAAGCGCUACACCAAAGUACUUGAUUGAUAGGACACCAGUGGAUGCUGUCUGGAUGGUAAAGGUAGAGGUUAUAAACUCUCCUCCAUGUGGGUUUUCUUCCCAGUGAGGACUUCUCUGUGUUCAUCUCCUUGACCUAUUGCAUUCUUGUGGUGCCAGUCACAUCAUCUGUCUCAACUGGAAGCCAGUGCCCUCUUUAGUGCACUCAUCAUGGUUACCAUGAUGCUGCCAACAGUGCUUUGUCCUUGAUUUUUGAAGCCUUGUAUUUUGGAGCAGAUAUUUGUGACUCGUUCCUUUUCAAUUCUGAAGGAGCCAUCCUUGGUUUUGCCCUCUGUCAUCCCAGAGUUAAACAAAUGUCUCUUCUGACUUUUUCAAAAACAUCUGUGUGCUACCAGUUAGGAGAGUUAAUCAGAUCCUUAUAUGUACAUGAGUUUAGUGGGAUGCUGAAGGGCAAAAUAUGCCUUGUCUUAGCUCAGUGUUAACUGGUCAGCUGAUCAUAGUCACACACAUGACUCUCUCAACUCUGUCAUUGCUGUCUGUGCUUGAGAAGCUGCUGUCACUACAAUCCACAAAGCUCCUGUGCUACCCCACAGCCCCUUUCCCCAUUAUUCCAUGUUGUUGGAAUGAUAGCCUAAUCCAUGUUGUGUAACCUGUGUGAGCAAGACUGAAACGCUGUGAAUUGUGCUUUAACUUUGCCUUAGCCCUGGUGAAAUUCCCAGAUGGUUACAGGAUGUGGACCACAAUGUGUGACAGCACUAAAAAUAUCCCUAAAGAUUAAAAGCAAAAAGCAGUGAUAAGGUUUGCCUGUAAAGGAGAGAACAGCAUGAGGGGGACCCUCAGACUGAAGGUAGCUGGUAGGCUUUUCCUUCUUCCUGGAAACCUUUUUAUGCUUUUGGAAUGCUGUUGCCAGGGUCAUGUUGAGGCAGCCCCAGGAAUGGGAUGAGCAGGGUGCUGGAGCCAAGGGCUCCUGAGGGGAGGUGGCAGGCGGUCCCUGUGCCCGAGGGACAGCCUUGCUUGUACAAGCAGCAUGGCAGGUAGGACAGGGCCCAGGACAGGGUCCCUCAGCCCCCCGACCCUCCUGCUUCCCCCACGUCUGGGCACGGCUCAGGCCGUCACAGUGGCCGUGUGUGAUGUCACCAGUCCCUGUGCCAGGCACCAGCGGCAGGGCGCUCGGCACGGCCACCCGCUCUGCGCGCCGCUGAAUGUCCGCGGGGAGGGGAAGGCAGCGCAGCCCGGCCAUGGCAGCCCGCCUGCGCACGGGACGGCAGCAGCGCCCCUGGCAGUGAUGGCGGACGAGGAAGGCAUGUGCCAGGAGGAGGCUGUGGGAGAGCAGGAGCACAACCAGCCCUCUGCCGUGAGUGCCGCCGCCCUCAGCUCGCUGGUGAUGGCCAUGCAGAGCCUGGCCCUGUGCCCGGCAGGGAACGGCGGGCAGCCCGGGAGCAGAGAGCGGCGCGGCCACCUGCCUUGGCACGGGGCAGCACAGAGACACGGCCAGCAGCGGCCAGAGAGGGAGCCCCGGGCCCAGGGCCUGAAAAACCACCAGCGCUGCAGGAGGAGGAGGAGGAGGGGCAGGAGGAGGAGGAGGAGCAGCAGCCCCUGCACCAUGAGAGCCAUUGCCAGCGCCCGAGGGACCGCGUCCAGCGCCUGCCUCCAGGAGUUCUGGCGGAUCAAAAUCCGCACCUGCCUGCCUGAAAAAUAACAACCCGAGGAUGAAAAUGCUGUCACCCUCCUUAUUUGGUACUUUGGCAACAGCACCUGUGCUCCUCUGACCCCUUAAGUAGGAGGUGAUUUUUAGAAACUUUCCAGUUCCAUGCCCACAUCCUGCUUUGCCGGUGCCACCUUACAUCCUGGGGUUUUUCAGGCUGUAACAUCAACAAUUUGAGACUAGAUUUUUUUAAACAGAGUAAAGUUAUCAUAAGGCAUGGAGUCCUAGGAAUUUCUUUUUUGCUAGGGAAUAUUAUGGAGUCCCAGCCUUCACAUGGGGCCCAUCCUACUGGCUCACCCGUUCCAUCUCCUGGCAUCAACAAUCAUUUGUAUUGUAUGAGCCCUUCCUUCUCAUCCCUUACCCCAGCCUUCCUGGAGCUCCUGUGCUCUGAGCCACAGGGAAAGGACAUGAAUGGACUUGGCUACUGCAUUGAGGUGACAGGAGUUACCCCCAGGAGGGCCACUGAGGUUCCUGGGGUCUGGAGGUGGGGUUGCUUCAGUCUGAGGACAGCAACAAUCCCUGAUGGAUGAGUGAAGUCAGCCUUGCAUAAAGGAUUUUAGCAGGCCAAGCCAAGAAUGUAGACAGCUGUUUCUUUGGAGAAGCAGCACAUUGCAGUUUGGCCAGGAAGAAGUGCUGGCCUUCACAUGGAGGUCCCUUCUAGCUGCUUCACAGGAAGUUCCUUUCAAUGUUGGGGAAUAAAUUUUAAAAGACCAAACCAAUAAACCAAAAAAACAACAGCAAAAA